UCAUGUCCUAGCACAUCCCAUAAUAAAGUGGGUCCAUGUAUAAUAUUCCUUAAAAACAAUCAAACAUUGUCCAUGCAUAACCAGAUAAAAAACAUCCCGAGUUGUUGUUUCAAUAUACAUUUGGAAUGGUACGUUGACUCUAACACACAUUUAUGAAGAUGUAAAACGUGUAUUUGCAUAUGUAGUGGAAAGAUUUAUUGAUUUGUCAUUAUGAAACCGCUCCCAUACAGCUUUUAGAAACGUUAAAACAUCUGACAGUGAGCUGACACCCAGAGAUGAAACGCUCCUCUAAUGGACAGAUGCUGUUGUGUUUGGCCGAAAGGGGGCGCUGUUGAGUUUUGAAACCGCAGGUCCGCCGAAAUGUUGCGACCACGUUUUGGUAGUGGAAAAAGGAAUAAUAAAUCAUAUAAAGUAAUAUAAUCACAUUAAAACAACAUAAAGGAGCGUUGUCUGUGAAAACCACGUGGAUGUUUGAAUUGAUUUAGCUACAUCUGCAUUUUCAUCCGCUGUGAAGUGUCUGUAUUAUUAAUAGUGUUAUUAUAAAACAUCUCAAACAUAUAUCAAACGUUCGUGGCUUUUAAAACAAUAUUUGACUUGUAAAUAAAAUAAUCAAUGAUUGUUCUAGCAUCAUGUUGCGACAGUAAAUAAGUAAGAAUGAAUGGUCAAUCCUUUAACAUUUAUAUCUUAGAUAUCGAGCAUUUAAAUGACUAAACUAACGUUAAUUUAUCGACUCGAUCAUUACAUAAUGCAAUAACGACAGCAUGUGGACAUCCUCAGUAAAAAGAAUAAAACGUCCAAGCGUUUGACAAACGCUAUAAAUCUCUGACGAACUCAAUGUUGAUAAAGAGUUAAAGUUCUGCUCGUUUAGCUCUCUUGUCAGUUCUGACAGUUCGGAAAACUUUUGUUUCUUCUCUAGUAUGCAAAUUGACCCUCGGAUUCCGCGAGCCUAUUGGCUACGAGUCCGAGUCAAUUUCGUAUUUCAAACCUGACGUCAGGGCGGCUAUAAAACUCAGCAUUGCUUUUAUACUCCUAUGCUCGGUGAUCCUUUAAAAACUCUAGAACAAGCCCGGAGUACUUUUUUUUCUCCUGCUAAGAAUCCACUUGCCACUCACAUACAUGUUAGGGUCCUCGUUCCUGCGAAACUAUUGAAAAAAAAAAAGAGGAAGACCCACAGAAGCCAUGCGGUGUUAAAUGUUUGCGACGCGCAGACACUCGCGUGGAAAGAGAGAGGCACUGGAGACGCGCGCGCUCCUCCAUGCGUCCGUGCGCGAGAGGCGAAAACGCGUGAAUUAAAAAAAGAAAUAAAUCCGCACUCGAGAAAGCUUUUCUUCGCUUUUGAAGAAUUAAAUAAAGAAAUCAAGCUGGCUCACGCUGUCUCGAACCCGACCACUUUGACAGCUGCUCUUCACCCCCUUUGGAGGACUGUCAACAGCAAAAGGAUGGCAUCAGAACUGGCAAUGAGCAGCUCCGACCUGCCCACCAGUCCCCUGGCCAUGGAAUAUGUUAAUGACUUCGAUCUGAUGAAGUUUGAAGUGAAAAAGGAGCCGGUGGAGCCCGAUCGCAGCAUCAGCCAGUGCAGCCGCCUGAUCGCCGGGGGAUCCCUGUCUUCCACCCCGAUGAGCACGCCUUGCAGCUCGGUUCCCCCUUCCCCAAGCUUCUCGGCGCCCAGUCCGGGCUCCGGGAGCGAGCAGAAGGCGCACCUGGAGGAUUUUUACUGGAUGAGCGGUUACCAGCAGCAGCUCAACCCGGAGGCUUUGGGCUUCAGCCCCGAGGACGCGGUGGAGGCGCUGAUCAACAGCAGUCACCAGCUCCAGAGCUUCGACGGCUAUGCUAGAGGGCAGCAGUUCUCCGGCGCAGCCGGGGCGGGAGGCGCCAUGGCCGGGGAGGAGAUGGGAUCCGCUGCCGCGGUGGUGUCCGCGGUCAUCGCCGCCGCCGCAGCGCAGAACGGGGCACCACACCACCACCACCAUCACCACCACCCCUCCGGGCACCAUCCUUCGGCCGGCAUGCAGUCCAACGGCAACUCCGCCAGCCACCAACACAUGCACCUGGACGAUCGCUUCUCGGACGACCAGUUGGUGACCAUGUCCGUGCGCGAGCUCAAUCGUCAGCUACGGGGGGUCAGCAAAGAAGAGGUCAUCCGACUCAAACAGAAGAGGAGAACCCUCAAAAACAGAGGCUAUGCCCAGUCGUGUCGCUAUAAGCGGGUCCAGCAGAGGCACGUCCUGGAGGGCGAGAAGACCCAGCUCAUACAGCAGGUGGACCACCUCAAGCUGGAGAUCUCCAGACUGGUGCGCGAAAGGGACGCGUACAAAGAAAAAUACGAGAAGCUCAUCAGCAGCGGCUUCAGAGAAAACGGAUCGAGCAGCGAUAACAACCCUUCAUCUCCGGAGUUUUUCAUGACGUCACGAAAGUUUCUACACCUGUGAUAUGACCUCUGUCCCCUGCCCUUUGCCCCUGCAGUCUGAGACAGUAUUACACUGGAAUGCUUCUGGCUUAGGGUGACCCAUGGCUCCAAGACUGCCACAAAGCACAACCUCUCCAAAAUCAACCCCGAUGAAGACGAUUAGAAGAAAAAAACAUUAAGGAAUGAAAGAAAUACGAAAC